GCACAGCAGAGGAGGAAGAAGCGGUGCAGCGUCGUUUCCAGCAGCAGCAUUUUGGUUGGGGUUUCAUCAUCUUGAAUGAAACGUUUGCUUCAUGACCAUGCUGCUUCCUGUCAAUGGUGUUGCUAAGUACUGAGUGGGCGGCGCCACAUUUCUGCAGUCAUUUUGUUGCGGGGGGGGAGAAAGAAGAAGGAGCCAGUGGAGGUCUGCUGUGCACGAUGAAGAUGAAUUGUGCAGUGCAGAGAAGGUGGUCAAGAUGGCAGCUUCGGGCUGCAGAAUGAAGAUGACGUGUUGCGAUUCGAUCUUGUGAAUGGGCUCCGGGCUGCUUGUACUGGAACGCUGCCUGGAUUCCGUCAAGAGAGCCCCCCCCCGACCCCCGCCCUCCCCUGCUCGCCAUUCGGUGCACGCCGCAUGAGGACAGGACCACAAAAAGGGGGGGGUCAAUGUUCUGGUAGUCCGGCAGGAGGACAUGUGCUUUGACAUUCCAGCAAAUAGCCUGCACCCAAAGCCCUCGCUUGAUGGCAUGCGACCCGAGUGACUUUGGAACCGUCCGUGCACCGUCCCGCUUACCGCCGCUGACAUGGCCGAGGAGGGGCCGAACGUGGACAUCGACCCGGACUUUGAGCCACAGAAGCGGCCGCGGUCGUGCACUUGGCCCCUGCCCCGUCCGGACUGUGGCACGGGCAAACCGGGGGCAAAUGACGCUGACGUCAUCCCCGAGGAAGAGGAUGACGACGAGGGAGGCAGCGGCAGCGCGGGGAGUGGCGAGCCCCCCCGGGAGGCCGCCGGUGCUCUCGCCCCGAGCGGCGGGAGUGGCGGCCGCCUCCACCUCGCUUCGCGGCCGGUGGAGGUCCAGCAGCGGGGGCUCCGAGGCGACGAGGCCGGGGACGCCUCACCUUCCUCGGCUCAGUUUGCCCCCGCGGCGGCGGCGGCGGCUCCGCAGCAGCUGAGGAAGUCUUCGGCCCGCAGGAACGCUUGGGGGAACUACUCGUACGCGGACCUCAUCACGCAGGCUAUAGAGUCCUCCCCCGAGAAGAGACUCACCUUGUCCCAGAUUUACGACUGGAUGGUCCGCUCCGUCCCCUACUUCAAGGACAAGGGAGACAGCAACAGCUCGGCCGGCUGGAAGAAUUCCAUCCGGCACAACCUGUCCCUCCACAGCCGCUUCGUCAAGGUCCAGAAUGAAGGGACGGGCAAGAGCUCCUGGUGGAUGGUCAACCCGGACGGGGGCAAAGGGGGCAAAGCCCCGCGGCGGCGUGCCGUCUCCAUGGACAACAGCAAGUACAUCAAGGGCGCCCGAGGCCGCGCCACCAAGAAGAAGGCCUCGCUGCAGGCCGCCCAGGACGGCGGCUCCGAGAGCUCGUCCAGCCUGUCCAAGUGGACCGGGAGCCCCACUUCCCGCAGCAGCGACGAGCUGGACGCCUGGACCGACUUCCGCUCGCGGACCAACUCCAACGCCAGCACCCUGAGCGGCCGCCUGUCGCCCAUCCUGGCCAACCUGGAGCUGGACGAGGUCCCCGUUGACGACUCUCCCCUGUCCCCCAUGUUGUACUCCAGUCCCAGCAGCAUGUCGCCGUCCACGGGGCCCGCCGGACUCUCUGACCUGGCGGGAACCAUGAACCUGAACGACGGUCUCUCGGACAACUUGAUGGACGACCUUUUGGACAACAUCAGCCUGACGGCGUCCCAGCAGCCUCCUCCUGGAGAGGAGGACAGCGCAGGCAAAGGUCAGGGAAGCUCCGUGUUCACGUUCAGCUGCCCCGGAAGCGGCCUGACCGGCCCCGUGGGCAGCUACGGUCCAAACCCUCUCUUCAGCCCGCCGUCCAUGACGAGCCUCCGCCAGUCUCCCAUGCAGACCAUCCAGGAGAACAAGCAGACCACCUUCUCCUGCGCGUCGCACUUCAGCAACCACCAGACCCUGCAGGACCUCCUGAGCCUGGACUCCCACGGCCACAGCGUCAUGCUCACGCAGUCCGACCCGCUCAUGUCGCAGGCCAGCACGGCCCUUGCCCUGCAGAACUCCCGCCGCAACGCUCUCCUGCUACGCAAAGACCAGGCCGGCGCCGCUCAGGCCCCGGGCUUGCCCGCUUGGCAAGCCGCCCUGGCGAGCGCGGACUCCGGCGACGCCAAGCACCCGAAGUCCCCCAGCAAGAACGCUUUGCCCGGCCAGGACCGAUUCCCCACCGACUUGGAUCUGGAGGCUUUCAACGGCGGUCUGGAGUGUGACAUGGACUCCAUCAUCCGCAACGAGCUGAUGGAGGCCGACUGCUUGGACCUCAGCUUUGACGCCGCCCAGAACGCCAACAUGAACCCGGGAGGCUUCUCCAGCGCCAAACAGACCUCGGCACAGAACUGGGUCCAGAGCUGAGAGCUUAGACCUGGAGUCCUGGGGAUUGACACGUAUUUAUGGAGUCUUACUUUGCCAUCCUAGUUCAGUUAGGGAACUUUAAGGCUGCGUUCACACUUGGGGUUUGGGUACUCCGGUCCGGACCAAGAAUGGUACCUGGUGCACAUGUUGCUAUUUUUGUCAUGUGACCAAAGGUUGCGCGGUAAAGGACAUAUGCUAACAUAACUUUCAUGACUCUAAUAUUCCAAACUGCCGUUAUUUGGAUCAUUUCCCAGAUUUACCAGGUCAAAGUUCAUCAAAAGCUAAAAUAUACUUUUAAAGCACUUUGGUGACGUCAAUCAAAUGUAAGUCAACUAUUCUAAACUCUAGCUUAUUAGAUUAGAUUAUUAGAUUAUUAUAUUAUUACGCAACAAAAAUACCUGCCAACAAUGGAUCUUCAAAAGGUUGGAGUUGUUGUUAUGGUGGAUGGAUGGAUGGAUGGAUGGAUGGAUGGAUGGAUGGAUGGAUGGAUGGAUGGAUGGAUGGAUGUAUGGAUGGAUGCAUGAAUGGAUGGAUGGAUGCAUGGAUGUAUGGAUGCAUGGAUGGAUGAAUGAAUGAAUGGAUGGAUGUAUGGAUGGAUGUAUGGAUGAAUGAAUCAAUGGAUGGAUGCAUGUAUGGAUGGAUGGAUGGAUGCAUGGAUGGAUGAAUGAAUGGAUGGAUGAAUAAAUGAAUGAAUGCAUGGAUGAAUGGAUGGAUGGAUGGAUGCAUGAAUGAAUGGAUGGAUGGAUGGAUGGAUGCAUGGAUGGAUGGAUGGAUGGAUGCAUGGAUGUAUGGAAGCAUGGAUGGAUGGAUGAAUGAAUGGAUGCAUGGAUGGAUGGAUGAAUGAAUGCAUGGAUGAAUGGAUGGAUGCAUGAAUGAAUGGAUGGAUGAAUGGAUGGAUGUAUGGAUGAAUGAAUGGAUGGAUGGAUCAAUGGAUGGAUGAAUGAAUGGAUGGAUGGAUGAAUGGAUGGAUGCAUGUAUGGAUGGAUGGAUGGAUGUAUGGAUGGAUCGAUGGAUGUAUGGAUGGAUCGAUGGAUGGAUGCAUGGAUGGAUGGAUGGAUGGAUGGAUGGAUGGAUGGAUCGAUGAAUGAAUGGAUGGAUGAAUGAAUGAAUAAAUGAAUGAAUGAAUGGAUGCAUGUAUGGAUGGAUGGAUGGAUGAAUGAAUGAAUGGAUGGAUGGAUGGACGGACGGAGUGGCCCACGCAGCAGUGGGGUCACCAGGUUAUGGACUACAAACACUGCUGCGUGUUAAAGACGGCAAAUGGCGGUCUCGCCAAAUGCUAACUGGUUUUCGGACCCCCACGGACCACUAGGUUAUUCUGACCAUCUUAAAUUUCCCCAAAAGCUUGUAAAUAUACUUUGAAAGAGAUUCUGUGAAAUAUUACAUGAGGUACGUCACAUAUUCCAAACAAGAAUCUCAUCUGCUGGGCUAAAUACGUAGAUUAUAUUCCUAUUUUAACCAGCUUCAAUUUGACCAAAAGCUUGUCAAAUAUACUAUCACAGAAAUUUAACCCUAAAUAUGUAGAUUAUAUUCCUAUUUUAACCAGCUUCAAUUUGACCAAAAGCUUGUCAAAUAUACUAUCAAAGACAUUUUGUGAAAUAUUAACUAAAUAUUCUGAACCAAAAUACUGAGCUGAAUACUACAUACAGUAGGUUAUUUUGAAUAUUCUGAUAUCCAGUUUAGAGUUCACCAAAAGCCUCUAAAAUAUCCUUUUAAGGAGUGCUAUUGUUAAACACACAGAGUCACAGAGGGAGGACGCAGGGCAGAGAGUCUGGGCCUCCAAUACACGUUCUCAUAUUUGGCAUCUUUGGAUGCUGGUACAACGCUGGUGAUCCUAGUUAGGCUAAGCGGCAUAGAAAAUGGAUGGAUGGAUGCUGGUCCAACGCUGGUGAUCCUAGUUAGGCUAAGCGGCAUAGAAAAUGGAUGGAUGGAUGGAUGCUGGUCCCACGCUGGUCUAGCAUAGCCCUGUGAUCCUAGUUAUGCUAAGCGGCAUAGAAAACGGAUGGAUGGAUGGAUGCUGGUCCCACGCUGGUCCAACGCUGGUGAUCCUAGUUAGGCUAAGCGGCAUAGAAAAUGGAUGGAUGGAUGCUGGUCCCACGCUGGUCCAGCGUACCCCUGUGAUCCUAGUUAGGCUAAGCGGCAUAGAAAAUGGAUGGAUGGAUGCUGGUCCAACGCUGGUCCAGCAUAGCCCUGUGAUCCUAGUUAGGCUAAGCGGCAUAGAAAAUGGAUGGAUGGAUGCUGGUCCGUGUACGCUCACAUUUCGGUGAACCGAACCGCAAGCAGACCAGGACCCCUUUCUAAAGGGAUCUCAGUCCGCCGGUUUGGCUCCCACCAAGUCUGGACCAGAGUUCCUUUAAGCCAAACAAACGUUGCGAGUGUUAACGCAGCCUCCGUCUUCAACGAGCCUGAGCGAUGUGAACGGCGGUGUUGUGUCGGAAGGGAUCGAACAGGGGAACAAAAUGCGUCCGCUUGUGUUCGUCUCAGGGAAUCCGUGCAUGAAACGUUUUUGCCAAACCAACGUCCGAGAGCUCGUUUACACCUGGAAGGGGGGGGGGCUGCAGAGGGGGGUACUUGUCAUUCAUGCACACCAAAUAUGAACGUGUAUGCUAACAUGUGAGCUACAUCCUGUGCUCUCUUUGGGUCCUUUAGUUUGGAUCCACGCCAACGUUGCUUUUUCCUGACACCAUUUUGAAGGUGUUACUGCUGCAUAACCCCCCCCCCCCCCCAAAAAAAAAAAAAAAAUUCCCUGCUCAUCUUCCAUCGAGUGCAACAUCGGAAGAAGCACUCGUCGUACGAAGUUUAGAAUUCCGAUUUUCAUGAAGCUCCUGUAUUCCUGCCACCAUCCCGCUUUCAUGGUUUUUUCCUGUGUCGGAAUAGGUCGGGGCUGGCGCUGUUGACAUUCCCAUAUUUUCCCCAUAAUGUCCUUUAUUUCCACAUGGACGUGAUUUCCACUCCUAUGCUCAUGUCACCUGAUUCUGAUUUGUUAUUUAGUCAUUUAAAUGAAAUGUAUACAUUUGAACUGAGUUCAAUUCCAAUUUAAAACACGAGUGCUGUUGCAUUGUUGUUUACAAUUCUUGAUUAAAAAGGUAGGUCAUUUACAUUCCAUUUACAUUUCAAAUGAUAAGUUAAAACACAUUGAAUUCAAUUCAAAUGAUAUUUCAUAAAAACAACAGAACCAAUGUUAUAAUAGCAGGAAGGCACAAACUGCUUGAUAGUGUACAGUUGGUUGUAAACGGUACAACAAGCGCAACAUACACACCACUUUCACACCAAAAGCGGAGUAGCAACAUUUUAAAGCGCAUGCAGAGCUAGAUAUUUUUAUAGGGAUGUUACUUUGGACAGCUAAAUAUGCUAUCAAGCCAUUUGUUAGCCUCCAAAAGUGGCCAAUUAUGUUGUAGAAUAUACUGGUAUAUUGUACAACACAGCAGCAACACAACCAAUGUUGUAAUAGCAGUUAAAAGCAAACUGCUCCGCUGACACUAAUGGCGUUGAGUUGAUUGUAAACACAUGCGUAACACGAGCACGACUUUUGCACCAACAACUGAGUAGCAACAUUUUAAAGCGCAUGCAGAGCUACAUAUUUUUAAAGGGAUGUUACUUUGGACAGGUAAAUAUUCUAUGGAACCAUUUGUUAGCUUCCAAAAGCAGCCAACAAUGUUGUAGAAUAUAUUGGUAUAUUCUCAACACAGCAGCAACAGAACCAAUGUUGUAAUAGUGGUAAGGAGCAAACCAUGUGGCCAACAUUAAUGGCGCUGAUGUGUUGAGCCUAACACGUGCACCACUUUCACACCAAAAGCGGAGUAGCAACAUUUUAAAGCGCAUGCAGAGCUAGAUAUUUUUUAUAGGGAUGUUACUUUGGACAGCUAAAUAUGCUAUCAAGCCAUUUGUUAGCUUCCAAAAGUGGCCAAAUGUUGUAGAAUAUACUGGUAUAUUGUACAACACAGCAGCAACACAACCAAUGUUGUAAUAGCAGUUAAAAGCAAACUGCUCCGCUGACACUAAUGGCGUUGAGUUGAUUGUAAACACAUGCGUAACACGAGCACGACUUUCGCACCAACAACUGAAUAGCAACAUUUUAAAACAGCCAACAAUGUUGUAGAAUAUAUUGGUAUAUUCUCAACACAGCAGCAACAGAACCAAUGUUGUGAUAGUGGUAAGGAGCAAACCAUGUGGCCAACAUUAAUGGCGCUGAUGUGUUGAGCCUCAGCCAACACGUGCACCACUUUCGCACCAACAACUGAAUAGCAACAUUUUAAAGCGCAUACAGAGCUAGAUAUUUUUGUACGGAUGUUACUCUCGACAGCUAAAUAUGCUAUGAAGCCAUUUGUUAGCUUUCUUAUACAUAUGUUGUAGAAUUUACCAGUAUAUUGUACAACAGCGCAUCAACAGAACCAAUGUUGUUAUAGUGGUAAGGAGCAUUAAUAAUGCAGAUAAGUUGACUGUAUGCAACAGUACAACAAAUUAUGCCACAGCGUCACUCAAGCUUGACAUGCCCCCCCCCCCCCCCAAAAAAAUAUUCCUUCUCUCCGUGUUGUUCCUCUUGUGAGAACGCCAAAAAGUACUACUGCAACACACAGGAAGCUAAAUAGGUAGUCAACAAGCGUUUAUUAUUAUUAUUAUUAUGGAGUCGCCACAGUGGAUCUUUUGGAUGCAGAGGUAAUAAAAAAGUACUAACCACUCAUGAUUCUUCAAACGCAGCAAUGCCCAUAGAAAAACAAUGUCAGGGGGUUGCCUACAGCCGCGGCUGUGAAUGACCUGGAGGUUAUUUGCUUUUGCAGGCAAAUAGGCCGUGUGAAUUGGGCCUGUGGAGGCUGUGCGACAUGCGGUAUUUCUACGUGGUUUUGGUGACGUGGAUUUCUUGGUGCUAUAAAUAAGAAGAUAGCAGGGUGCGGCAUUAGCACCCCCCCCCUUCCCCCCCCCCCCCCUCCCGUUAUCAGCGCUACAGCAGGUGCUGCGAGCAUGUGACAGGAACUAUAUCUUGAGAGCCAUUCUUGCCGUUUUAAGAAGAAAAAAGGCGGGGCCAGUAUUUUCAAUGUUGCCAAAUGUUUCUGCAUAUACGUACGUAGAAAUAGAGUCUAUAGAUCAUAGCGAGCAGUGCUAUAAAAGGCACAAAAAAAGAUAUCAGCCGAUUCUUUUUGGGUAGAAACACCAGGAUUUUGCAUUAAAAAAGAAGUUUGUUUUUGUAAAGUUUUGAUUUCUUUGGUGUUUGUCUUUGUGUACGGUGGAUUCAGAAGCGCUUUUUGUCACCACCUCAGUUGAAGCCUCUUUUUGGAUUCAAUUUGUUGUGCUUCGAAAAGUCGAUUUUAGCCCUCUCACUCACUGCCAACGUCCCUCCUCGUGCUCCUACCAAAAUGUUGUGUUUCGCAGCUUGUAAAUAAAGCUUCAAGAACCACUCCGUCUAUCGGAUGGCCAUUCUUCUUGUCUUCAUUGUGUGUGUGUGUGUGAAAUGUUCUCCCUGGAGGAAUUGCAUGGCUGCAGACGCUGCAGGCACCACAGAGAUCAUUUCCUAUUGGCUCACGGGCUCCCAACUCUGCACCAAUGGUGUGUUGUAUCCGAGAAGAACGCAGCCAUCCCUGAUGACGUCGCCGGGAGCUGGAGGCUGCUCGGCAACUGACGCACGGCGGACAUAUUUGAAUAUUUACAUACACCACGCUGCAAAGGGGAACA